CAAUCAUUCUAUUGACUUUCACUGCCUCCAGUUCACAUACAGUUGUGCGCGCACAGAAGUCCGAAAGUUUAAAGUCAAGAUGGCAAGCAAAAUCCUUCUGAGAGCCUGUCGCCUGACUCUGAUGGGAAGACAGAAUAUUUUAAUGAAAGCCCCUCUGCGUGCGAUGGCCAGUGAAGGUAUUCCAACAGAUGAAGAGCAGGCAGCGGGGCUGGAGAGACGCAUCCUGCAGGCCAUGAAGAAAGGCCAGGAUCCAUACAGCAUAUUCAAGCCAAAGGAAUACACUGGAAGUAGAGACGACCCUCAUAUCGUUCCCAGCAUCAAUAACAAACGACUGGUCGGCUGCCUCUGUGAGGAGGACAACACUGCGAUUGUUUGGUUCUGGCUUCACGAGGGAAACCCUCAGCGCUGCCCAUCCUGCGGCUCGCACUACAAACUGGUCCAUCAUGAGCUGCCACACUGAGCUGGACCACACAAACACCUAAACUGCUGCAGAAACCACUGCGUGCCUAUGCCAAACAUGUACAGGAGUCAAUAAAAUAAUUUAAUACAA